AUAAACUGAUUUCACUAAGCAGAUAGAAUUAUCUCAAUCUAGCCAGAUUAGUUAUGGUGAGGUUGACUUGACUAGGGUAAUUCGGUCUACGCCUUAGUCUAUAUCUACGCAAAGUCUUUGUGUGCGGAAUCCCUAAUUUCUUCUGAGCCCUUCAUCAACUGGGCUUCUGAAGUCUAUCAUGAGAGAUAGGCAGUGACUGAUCGAUCGAUUGAUUAUUUAUGAUGCAAGCCAGUGUUUUUUUGUAUCGAAAUGUCUGCCACUACCACUACCCAAUGCCUGACCCUUUCCACGCCGACCAUCCAACCUCUCCAAAAAGACCAUGCAAUCCCAAAGAGUGCCAAUGAAUUCCUUCGCCAAGUUUUGCAUCAUGAAUUCCUCAUCACAGCGCGAUUGCUCAGGGCCAACAUCCGUGAAGGCCUAGUCCUCCCCAUCAUCGGUCUCAUCGCCCGCUUCCUACCCGCGCCAGAUCUCCUACUGACGACCCCCUGGACUCAUCUUGCCAUGGUACUUGUCAAGACCUUCUUCUGCUUCGUGUGCCACCUGUACGUGUUCGAGAUCGUCAACCAAGCCCUCUCCGUCGAGGAAGACAUCGCCAAUAAGCCGCAUCGGCCGAUCCCAGCAGGCCUGCUCAGCAUCCCCGGUGCCUACAGGCGCUGGCUGCUCAGCUGGGCCAUCUGUCCAGCCGUUGCUAGUCACAUUGCCGGUCCGGAAGCUGCAAGGCUCUUCGGAGCAUAUCAAGCCUGGGUAUACUUUUGCUAUGUCUGGCCAAAAAUAAACCAUUGGAUCCUCCGGAACGCAUUUGCAUCCAUUGGCACUUAUAACAUGUUUCGGCUCGUGGAUACCAUCAUCCACAGCGAGAUACCCUCGUUCCCGGUCAUGUCAACGAAGGACCUCCUUGUCUUGUCUCUGUGGGUCAUGGCAACUGUACAUAUGCAGGAAUUCCAUGAUGCCGAGGGUGACAGGCGAAUGAAGCGAAAGACACUCCCGGUUGUGGUUGGACCUCAGAGGGAACGCGUCCUCCGGGCGGGGACAGCGUUGCUAGUCACCGGUCCGGGGAUUGUGCUCUUGAUCACCACGGCGUCCUACUAUGCCCAGAGAAUUUCCUUCGCGCUUGGUCACUGGACGUUAGCUGGGCUGGUUGUGACGUGCAUCCUGCACAAUAUCUUCGCAUGCGUAGUCGGAUUCCGAUGCAUCCGGCACGGUGACGUCGCCUUUGAUCGCAAGACCUAUAAACGGUUUUAUAUGUUGGCGGCAUAUACCAUGGUCUGCUACUUGUCCUUCUGGCAAGUGGCACAGAAAGAAAUCUCCAAGGAAUGGAUCUUGAUGAAACAGUAGGUCGCCAAGGAUAACGAUGACAGUAGUCCCACGGACACUCCACGCAAAGUAAAUAUAAC